AUGCAUCUCUCUUCGCUUUUGGUCGUCGCCGUGACGGCAGGCGCCUCGACUUUGACUCCUCCCGUCCUUCCAUUGAUAGUCCGCAACCCGUACCUCAGCACUUGGCUGGGCAAUGCUCGCGAUGCACCAUGGGAGCACUGGCCGUACUUCUGGACGGGCUCCAGUGUCGUGCUCUCGUUCCUCUCGCCCAUCACGCCCACGUCAACAUUCCGUCAGUCGAUCCCUGCCGCGUAUCUGACUGUCUACGUCGAGGGUUCCUUCGACAUCAGCAUCUAUACUGAUGUGAAUGGCGAGUGGAUCAGCGGCAACAGAGACAACGAAAUCACAUGGGAAUUGAGCAAGCCAAAGGCCUCUCAGGAGCAAAGUGCCGCUCUUAAGUCCUGGAAGGUGAGCAGGCAGUCGCAGCAGCUCCUCACUGAAUUCGCAGACCAUGCGGAAUGGGGCAUGCUCCACUUCACCGGGCCAGCCGACGUUUACCAUCAAGCCGGAACGUCAGGCAUUUUGCGCCAACAUUUUGCGGCAAAGGGCACCCUGAAGAACGAGGUCGAUGGCUCUUUCAGGAAGAUCAUGGACGAGGAACCGGUCUUUGCCUUUUCCAAGACAUUCCACCUGAGCAACAACACCGGUAACGGGGCACCAUCAGCGGACAGUGUUCUCUUCACAUUCGCUCUUGUCCAGGACCCUGUAGUUCAAUUUGCCGCCGCUAGAGGAUUGACACAGAUGCGGCCUCUGUGGUCCUUCUAUUUCGCCACGCCCAUUGAGCUUGUCCAGUAUCAUUACGAUGACUUUUCCGCGGCUAGCUUGCUAGCCAGGAAUUACUCGGACCAACUGGCCGUUGAUGCGUUUGCCUCGGGCUCGCAGGAUUACCAGGACAUUGCUGCGUUGUCCGCUCGCCAGGUGCUCGGUGCGACCCAGUUCUCGGGAACCCCCGAUAAUCCUAUCCUGUUCCUCAAGGAGAUCUCCUCCAACGGAAACUUCCAGACGGUGGAUGUGAUCUUUCCUGCGUUCCCGUUCUUCUUGUACACGAACCCUCGUUGGCUCGCGUACUUGCUAGAGCCCUUGCUCGAGCACCAACUGAGCGGACAGUACCCCAACGACUACAGCAUGCAUGAUCUAGGGUCUCACUUUCCCAACGCUACUGGUCAUCCCGACGGCAGAGACGAGUACAUGCCUGUGGAAGAGUGUGGCAAUAUGCUCAUAAUGGGUUUGGCGCUUGUCAAUGCCUUCAAGUACGAUACCCAGCCGGCAUUCGCACAGUCUGUCAAAGGUCAUACACGCCCCCACGGCCCUUUCCAAAGAGAGACCAGCGGUAUCCAGCCAUGGGCUUUGUCCAUGGACAUGUAUGGUAUGGACCAAAUUUCGGUCGAUAUCGCCACCCGGGGCUCCAAGGAGGCCGAGAAGUGGGUGUCCAGGUCAUACGAGCUCUGGACCAAAUGGACAGGAUACCUGGUCCGCGAAUCUCUCAUCCCAGCAAACCAGCUCUGCACGGACGACUUUGCCGGAUGGCUCGCGAACCAGACAAACUUGGCUUUGAAGGGCAUCAUCGGCAUCAAGGCCAUGGCCGAGAUCUCCAAUGUCCUGGGCAAAACCAGUGAUUCGAAGUACUAUACAGACAUUGCGACUGAAUACAUGGACAAGUGGCAAGGCUUCGGAAUUUCCAGGGACGGUACCCACGCCAAGCUGGCCUACACGUGGUACGGAUCUUGGACGACCAUCUAUAACCUCUACGCGGACUCGCUGCUAUGCUUCCAUUUGCCAGAGGAGAAGAAACCAUCCACACUGAGCGGACGCAUCAAGGGAUGGGUUCAAAAAGCCAUAGGCGUCGAGACACGGUCAACAUUUGUCCCGGACAAGGUAUAUAGCAUGCAGAGCAACUGGUACCACGCGGUGUUGCAGCAGUACGGGCUCCCGCUCGACAGUCGUCACCUGUACACAAAGAGCGACUGGGAGUUCUUCGCCGCCGCCGUCACAAGCAAGAAGACCAGGACGGAGAUCCUUCAGAGCAUUGCGACCUGGGUUAAUGAGACAACGACCGACCGGCCAUUCACAGACUUGUACGAGACAGAGGGCACUGGCGGUUGGCCUGGGCCUCACUUCAUGGCUAGGCCCGUUGUUGGGGGCCACUUUGCCUUCCUGGCGUUGGAGAGGGCUUGCGGGGGCAAGGCAGUCGAGGGCCUCGGCUUCUUGGACGAGCCGGGAGCGUUUGCGGAAGUGGAUGUCCGCAUGGCCCUUGAGGCUGAGAUGUAUGGCGUGGAUGCUCUGGGGUCGGAGCAACCGGCAAUGGAGGACCUGUGA